AUGAAUUGCUUUAGCGUGGAGAGAUUCAAAGAGGAAGGGUUCGAAAUAAAAGAGUUUCUCGAGGAGCUGUACGAAGAGUGCAGGAGGAAAGAGGGGAGCACGUGCGACAAGAUAAAAAAAGAGCUCGAGACAAUAAAGGACGCCUUGGCAUACAAGGAAACAGAGCUGAAAGAGAAGAAGGUGUAUUACUCUGACAGGAGCAAAAUAGAGGAGAUCAGCAACUCUCUAUCGUCGAUUGAAUUGUCGAAGUACAGCAAUGAAUUCAUAAGAGUGUGCAAAGAGAGGGAUGCCUUCCUUAAAAGGAAUAGGUUUAUCUCGUACUUUACAGCAGUGGAGAAGAAUACGCUGAUGGAGAUAGCAGAAACAGAGAAAGAAACGAGACUUCAGGAAAUAGCCGAGUUUGUAGAUCUGCUGACAGGAAGCAAUAAGUAUGCGAACCACAAGAGAAAAAGCACGGAUGGCUCGAUAGGGUCAUCCAUUACACAUGCCAUAAAAAGUCUUAAUCCAUUCAGUCAUAGCAAUGGCAAUAGUAACGGCGGAAAUAGCAAAAAUGACAGUAAUAAUGGAAAUAGUGUAAAGAGUGAAAGCAGCAAAAAUGACGAUAAAAAUAGCUUAUACAACGGAAAUAAUAACGGAAACACUAGUGCAAACAGUGCUAAUGUUUUACAUGAUGGCGUAGAGGGCGGUGAGAGUGCCGCUGUCUCUGAUAGUAUGCAAGAAAGGCUUGAUGGGUACAAAAAAGACCUGCUUUCUCUUGCGAUGUCCAGCUACAACAGCUGCAUUUCGAGCGGGAACCACGAACUGGCUAAAAAAUAUGCUAGUGUGUGCUGUGUGCUUGGAAACACCUCGUAUCCGAUCGACUAUCUGGUAAAUAACGACAAAGCCAUGCCUGAGUUUCCCUCUAUGAUCGUUACAGAGAUUGACCUGCUUAAAGAGAACGCUCUGCACGAUCUAGCAAAAUAUUUAGACACUUUGCAAGAGCACAUAGAAGAAAAAGUGGAAAUGAUCAAAGACAUAUUCAUAAACAACCAGUACAUUGCACCAGGACAGCCGAGUAGCAGCAACAUUAUUGCAGAGAUAUACGAAGUAGUGCGGCAUCUUUUUAAAAGACUCUUUUCUCCCGUGGGAAGUAGCAUUGCUUCGAUAAGCGAUCCUGUGGAAUAUCUCAUAACGGUAGAAACCGUUCUAUCGCACGGAGCAAUAAUUAAAGAGAGAGUGUCGUAUAUCCUGCCUGAUGUGCGCGAUAAAAUAUGCAAAUAUUCUGUGCUCUCUCUGUCCGAAGACGAGCUCCUUGGAAGAGAGAUGGAAAGCAUGAACUUAAUAGUGAACGGGCUGAUUAAGGCAGUUAGCUCGGGAAAAAGCUCGCUAAAGUACAAGAUAAAUGGAGAAGUGCUCACACAGCUUAGAUCACCGUUAGAAAGCGUUUUCAAGUACAUGGCCGUGUGUAGUAGAAUAUCCAUGCGGUGUAAUAAGCUGUCUUACAGCAGCAAAGUGGCUGAUCAGAUAUACCAGACACAAAUCCAUGGGUUUACUCUUCUGAUGAACUCGAUAUUCAGCACAAAGUAUGCUCCUUAUUUGGGAACCAGCUUGCAUCUCAAUUUGUACCUCUGCAUAAAAACAUUCUACAAGAAAUUAACUAGCAAGUGUGGAAAUGAGAAGAGUAUUAGCAAAAUAAUCAGCCAGCUGAACAAGGAAGAAGGCGCGAGGAAUAGAAGCAUACUCAACAAUGAGAUGGCACACCUAGUUAAGAAAUUGGAUAAGUACCUGGAUGAGUACAAAUCAGAAGAGACAGUUGAGCUAAUGAACAAGUCGUUUGCGCACCUAGUAGACACGCCCAUUCUCAGCACUGUUGUAAAUGAAACACUGGAAAUAUUCUCUUCGAAAAUAAAAGAAAAAGCAUUUACAAGGUCGUCCAUCAAGGAGGUAAAAAGCAUGCUGGAGUAUAUAACUGUGUUUUACAAAAGCAUAAAAGUUCUCAAGACAACGGAAGUAGAAAAGAAAGUGCGGAAGAUAAAAAUGCUAGUCGAAGGAGUGCUGGUAGACAGCGAAGAUGUAGAUAGGAUACUAGACGUGUCCAGAGCCACAAGAGAAGAAGAGCAGAUGCUCAGGAGGCUGCGGGAGAGAGUGAAAAAUAAAUGA